AUGACUAGCCUUAAGGACUCACGCCCUUCAAGUCAACAUCGACUUUCAGUCGGACCACCUGCAGCCAAUGGCUUACCCAGCCGUCGAACGCAUUCGCACAGCAUCUCUCUCGGCUCUGUAUCGGGCACACAUCGAGUGAAUCGACGGAAGAGCUCCAACUUCGGUCCGAGGCCGACCUUGACUGCCGCCGUCGAAAUCGCUGUUGCAGAUGGAUCCGCUUCUAUCCGACAACGUACCCCGGCUUCAAGGGCUGCCCUCGGCUCCCUGAAUGACAUCGCGGCGCCCAUGCCCCGUAGCCUGCCACACCAUGUGCUCAACGGGGGAAAAGCUGGAUUCAGUGAGAGCGCGCUGGAGGACGGGCCUCCGCUGGCGGCAUUCCAGAACUCAGACAAGACCAAGUCUGAUGCUCGUCGGGCUAGCGAUGGGACGCAUUUGUCCAAGAAAGAGAAGGCCUCCGCUGGGGACUUGAAGUGCGAGCAUUGCGGAAAGACAUACAAGCACGGCAGUUGUCUGCACAAACAUCGGUGGGAACACACCCCACAAUGGCAGGUGACAUCCAAACUGCUCAUUUCCAAGCACCAACAAGUGCAGCUUCUCGAAGCAGCCUCGGCGCUUAUGAACAUGAACCAGGAUGGCACUGGUCCCAACGACAGCGAUAAUUCGUCGUCGCCGGCUGCUUCAGGUUCUUCUGAUUUGCGAGACGACUCCAGCUCUCCCGAGACGACCCCCCCGCCUACCAGCGAGCACGACCACAAACGCUUCAGCAACCACAGCAGCAGCGCCUUCUCACGCUCAUACCAGUCUGUCUUCUCAGACAACGCUCACGGCGAGCAUAAUUUCUCACACACGCGCAACUGGAGCGCCUCCACCCACAGUCGGCCUGUCACCGCCAACACAUCUUACGCCGAAAGUUACCGCGACGAGGAUCCCGCUGACCUGGCCGCCGCCGUUGGCCUGCUCAGCUGCAGCUACGGUACUCCCAAGAGUGGACCCUCGCAUCUUGGCAUGGAUGUCCCGCCUGUCCCCCCGCUCCCAGAGAAAUACCAAAUGCACUCAUACCACCACCAACAAGCCUCGCGCUCAUCAAACGCACUACCGCCACCAAAUGCCGGCCGACAGGAGGACGUCGAUAUGGACGAGGAUUCAGAUGUAGCCGACGAGCGUUCGCACGAGGACGAUGAUGGCGUCUUUGCCCUGGAUGCGUAA